AUGAGUAGGGGGCUGGAGUCCAGUGUCCCUGAUGAUUAUGCCGGGGACCAGUGGCAUAGCGCCUCUUCCCGGGGGAACUCGGGGCCUCGCCUGGAGACAGGCGGGGAGGGUAUACCCUGGAGGUUGUCUUCGGACGAGGGGGAUUCGGCUGCUCUCUCGAUUGCGGGAAGUUCGGUACACGGGGAGGGUUCGGAGGUUUCAUCUCCUCCCGAGAAGAGUGCGUAUCUCAAAUCGGGCUCCCAGGCUUCUGGCAGCUCUAGGAAAAGGGACAGGACUGGCUCUAUCGAAUCGGGCGACAGGACUACUGGGUAUUACGUGGGAAGGCGUAGAGAGAUAGAGAGGCUCAACGCUGAGAAGAAGAAGGCUCUCAAGUUGGAUCGAGAGAAGGUUAUAAGAGCCUAUAGUCACAUAGAGCUCCUUAAAAAGGCGAAGAUCAACGUGGAGGAGAUCAAGUCUAAGGUUGACCAUUUUUCCAAGGAGGAGUUAGUUAGACGAGCGAACGCGAAUAUGGAGGAGGUCCUGAGAAUAGCUAGGUCCUCUACUAAUUUGAAGGGAUCUUUCCAGGGUGGUUUGAAGACUGCGGCAGCGGUGACCCUGGGGAUUAUAUCGGUCCUGAAGGAUAGGGUAUCGAUGUCCCAGGAGGAGGUACACCUUGAGGAGGUUAGGUCAUUGAAACGGGAGGUAAACGUUCUUCGACAGAAAUUGGAGACGGAGGUGGAGUCUGAGAGAAGGAAGGCUCUUGAGUCCGCUGGGGAGGCGGAGGCGUACCGCUCCCAGCUGGAGUUGACGAAGAAGGAGUUGGCCAACAAGGAAUUGGCGAAGAAGAGUCCGAGUAAGAGAACUCCAUCCGCGAAGUUUAGGGCCUCUAGGGCCGCUUACACGUCUGACUCCGAGGUCAUGCAGGUAGACGACUUGCAGCCGAGGGUGGUCUUGGAUCCCCCUGAUAAAUGGCCGGUGGCUUCGAUUCCUCUGGAGGGCGGGAGAGUCCGGAUCGUGAAGGAAGAUCCCAAGUUGCAGAAGAGAAUAUACGAGGAGAACAUUAGAUAUCUGAAGGAGAGGGAGGCCUCUCAAAUGAAGAACGGUAAAACUCAGACUUCCAAGGGUCCUGCGUCGAAUAGGAGAGAUGAGAGGAUUCCCCCGGGAGAAUCCCCACGAGCCAUAGCUGAUAUGAUCAGGGAGAUCGUGGCGGAGGAGAUCGGGAAGGCGCUCGGUAAACCCGUUGUUAGGGAGAAACCUCGAAUCACGAAAGUCGAGGUGAUUAAGCCAGCUAAGACGGUUAGUCACGAAAGGAGCGGCGGUUUGGCUAACGCUGGCAAAAGUGAGGGUGCGAAUACCGUGCUGGGUUCUGAGAGGUGGUCGUCGGUAGUCGGUCGACGAUCCAAGCAGAGUGGCGCGGCGUCCUCGACUCCCAAGAAGAAGGCGGGUCCUAACCUCUCAGUUAGUCAGCAAGGGAGGAAGGCGGUUGUACAGCGUAGAGCCCCGCGUAUGGCUGCUAUUCAAAUCAGCUGUAGAGGAGACAUCUCGCACGCGCAGGUUAUGUCCAUUGCGAAGCAAAGGGUGGACAUUGGAGCUUUGGGCAUCGAGGACAUAAGACCCAGGAAGGCCAGGACGGGGGCCUUGCUGUUGGAAAUACCGGGUAAGGAAGGUCAGAGGAAGGCGGACUCCCUGGCUGUCGAGAUGAGGAGAGCGUUGCAGGAUCACGAGGACGUCCUGAUAUCGAGGCCGGAGAAGAUGGUGGAACUACGACUCCGAGAUCUGGAGGCCUCUGUCUCGGCGGACGAUGUCAGGAGCAGGGUUGUGGAGUUAACGGGCUGUGACUCGAACAGCGUCAAGGUAGGGGAGAUAAACAUAUCUUUUAAUGGUUUGGGUACUCUCUGGCUGCGCUGUCCUGUUGUGGCGGCUAACAAACUUGCGAAGGAGAGGCGUAUUAGGAUCGGAUGGACGAUGGUGAGGGUUGAUAUGCUUCCCGAUCGUCCUUUGCAAUGCUACCGUUGCCUGGAGGUGGGUCAUGUUCGUUCUCAGUGCAGAGGACCUGUGGACCGUAGUGAUAGGUGUUAUCGGUGUAGUGGAGUAGGACAUAUCGCUAAGAAUUGCCUCCUUGAUGCCUUUUGCGCGAUAUGCGAGGAUAGGGGUUUCAGAGCUGAUCACAGGGUGGGUAGCUCCGUGUGCAAGCCAGGUACUGGGAGGGUACUGCCUGCUCGUUCGGUGCGACCGGCGGCUCGUGCAGCGGAUAAUUCUGUCCCCAUGGAGGGGGAUAACAACAAGGAUAGGGAAAAGAGAACUAUGGAGAAGGUUCUUGCCACUGGACGGGAGAAAGCGGCUCCAAUGGAAACGGCAAUGGAGAUUGAGGUGGUUUCAGAUGUGCGGGAUUCUGGGGGUAGCGCCCCUGGGGACUGGUCGCAUACUGGUGACGCGUGGGGGGUUGUUCACUCGGGUGAUCCGCCCAUCGAGGUGGAGAAAGGAGCUGGAGGAGCUCCUCACUGCCCUGAAAAUGCGUAG